CUCAGAGAGGAGCGCGUCAGAGCGCACACAUGGAUGUUUCAACACAGACAGAGCAAGAGUGAAAUUCUACCCAAGGUUGGUGUUUAUUAAGAGCUGAAGUUAGUAAGAAUACUCAGAGUGAAAGGUGAAGAUGGGCGGACGCGUGUGGACGGGACUGGUGUCGUGCGUCUUGGUGCUGGCGGCGCUCACUCAUGCAAAAACGGUCAAGUACCAGACCUUCGAGGAGGACGCACCGGGGACAGUGAUCGGAAACUUGGCCAAGGACAUUUCAUCCACUUCCUUCUCCUCCUCCUCGGCGAGCUCGCGGAACAGUUUCCGGAUGAUGAAACAGUUCAACUCCUCUUUCAUCCGUCUGCGGGAGAGUGACGGCCAGCUGAGCAUCGGGGAGCGGAUCGACAGGGAGCGCAUCUGCAAACACACCCUGCAGUGUCUCAUCGCUUUUGACGUGGUCAGCUUCUCCAAAGAGCAGUUCAAACUCAUCCACGUCGAGGUGGAGGUGAAGGACAUCAACGACAACUCGCCAGAGUUCCCCCGCAAAGAGUCGAGCCUGGAGAUCUCGGAGAACACCGCGGUGGGCACCAGGAUCCCGCUGGACUUUGCCGUGGACGACGACGUGGGGGUCAACUACAUCCAGAGCUACCAGAUCUCCGUCAACAGCCACUUCACCAUUGACGUGCUCAGCAGGGCUGACGGGGUUAAAUAUGCGGAGCUGGUGCUGAUGAAGGAGCUGGACCGAGAGACGCAGGCGUCUUACGCACUGGAGCUGGUCGCCAUGGAUGGGGGGAACCCGUCCCGGACCGGAACCACGCGCAUCAACGUCAAGGUGAAAGACUACAACGACAACAGCCCGGUGUUUGACAGGAACAGCUUCUCCGUGGACCUGCCGGAGGACGCACCUGUCGGCACCUUGCUGCUCGACCUGAACGCCGAGGACCCGGAUGAGGGUCUGAACGGUGAGGUGAUCUACGGGUUCGGCCACCAGGUGCCCAAUGAGAUACGCCAACUCUUCCGAGUGGACAGGAAAACCGGCCGCCUCACUUUAGAAAGCCAGAUUGACUUUGAAACUAAAAACACCUACGAGUUUGACGUCCAGGCCACCGACCUGGGUCCGAACCCGAGUCCCGCCAUCUGCAAAGUGGUGGUCCAGGUGCAGGACGUGAAUGAUAACGCGCCUCAGAUCUCCAUCACUCCCAUGACGUCCAUCACAGCGGGGAUCGCCUACAUCACGGAGGCAGCAGCGCGGGAGAGCUUCGUGGCGCUGGUCAGCACCUCGGACAGAGACUCGGGGGCGAACGGCCAGGUCCACUGCACCCUGUACGGCCACGACCACUUCCGGCUGCAGCAGGCGUACGAAGACAGCUUCAUGAUCGUCAGCACCAGCCUCCUGGACCGGGAGAAGAUCCCUGAAUACAAUCUGACGGUGGUGGCGGAGGACCUGGGCUCGCCGCCCUUCAGAACCAUCACGCAGUACACGAUCCGACUCACCGACGAGAACGACAACGCGCCGGUGUUCAGCAAGCCGCUCUAUGAAGUGGCGGUGGUGGAGAACAACGCCCCGGGGGCCUACAUCACGACCGUGGUGGCCCGGGACAUGGACAUGGGCGCGAACGGGAAGGUCACCUAUAAACUGGCGGACACCUACUUCAUGGGCUCCCCGAUUUCCACCUUCGUCUCCCUGGACCCCGCCAGCGGGUCACUUUACGCGCUCAGAAGUUUCAACUAUGAGGUGAUGAAGCAGCUGGAGCUUCGGAUCACAGCCAGUGACGGCGGCUCCCCUCCUCUGUCCGGCAGCGCCAGCGUCUACGUCAGGGUGGUGGAUCAGAACGACAACACCCCCUCCAUCAUCCACCCGCCGCUCAAUAACGGUUCCGCUGAAGUCCUGCUGCCCCGGGACGCGCCCAGCGGCUACGUCAUCACCAGAGUGGAGGCGCGGGACGCGGAUGAGGGCGUGAACUCGGAGCUGACCUUCGCCCUGGCGACCGGGGAGCCCUCGGUGUUCUCGGUGAACAGAGCCACGGGGGAGAUCUACCUGAACCAGGUGCUCAGUCACGAGGUGGACGAGACUCUGAGCGUGACCGUGACGGUGAGCGACGGCGGGAGACCCGCGCUCACGACCACCGCCACUCUCCACUUCCUCAUCAUCGCCGGCGCGCCGCCGAGCGACAGGACCGUGUACCAGCCGGGGCUCGGGGGCGAGGCGCAUGCGCAGUGGGACCUGUCAGUGGUGAUCAUCGUGGUGCUGGCGGGGAGCUGCACCCUCCUGCUGCUCGCCAUCAUCCUCAUCGCCACCACCUGCAACCGCCGGAAGCGCGACAAGAGCGGAGACGACAGCGACUCCUACGGGGAGAAGGGAACCCUGGAGCGGGGAAGGGCGCACCACGUGGCGGACAACCCGCUCCUGCCUCUUCACGCAGCCGGAGGAGAGGCGGGAUUCGAGGGCCACUCCUACAGCAGCCAGCCGGGCGGCUUCAACCCCGCUCACCCGGGAGGCAGCGACAUGUGCUCGGCCUCGGAGGACGGCAGCGAGGUCCCCUGCGUAUACGACUCCGACAGCAACAACAAGUCCCGUGGGAACAAGCACGAGGGUUACUCCACUCUUCCCGGCUAUGGAAACGGCAAGGAGGCAGUGAGGCCCAUCACCAUCUGGAAGGGGAACUCCUACACCACCAUCUCCGCCCGGGACCCCGCCUUCAGUGGCAAAGACAGUGGCAAGGGGGACAGUGACUUCAAUGACAGCGACAGCGAUGUGAGCGGAGACACAGGCUUGAAGAAAGACGGGGCUCUGCUGGUUCCCCCCAUGGCUGCCCAGAAUGCUCUCUGGGCUUGCACCAGUGAAUGUAAGAUCCUGGGCCACUCUGACAGAUGCUGGAGCCCCACAGCAGUCCGAGCCAACGCCGCCCCCUCACCAGCACCGACACUUUCCUCCUUCAGCAGCCACUCCAAGACGGGCUCCCUGCCUCGGAACCCCGACCGCAGGGACUACCAAGCUCACAUCCCAAAGACAGUGGGCCUGCAGAGCGUUUACGAGAAGGUCCUGCACAGAGAGUACGACUACGUCAUGGUCAGCCCCCCCAGACCUGUCCGGGUGCAGGAGAUCAGUGACAUCAGCAUCCCUGUUUUCACCCCCAGCCCCACACGCUGCCCCCCAAAUGACGUCUGAAGCAAGACGCCGCACACUUUUGGACUCUUAAAAAAUGUAAAAUAAACUGCUAAUUUAUCUUUGAUGGACAAUGAAAAAGAAUCUACAGUUUUUUAAUAAUAUUAUUUGUGUAUUUUUUUGUUAUUGUAAAAGUCCUUUCAAUCACUUUGUUGGACAUAAAUUGUACCAUAUGCAAGUUUUGUACAUAGAGAGAUUUUAUUUUUAUAUAUAUAAAAAAAAAUGUAAUAACUAAGGAAAGAUGUGUAAAUGAUUAAUGUAAUUAUUGCUCUCUAAGCAUGCUUCUAUUUAAGAAAAGAUCAGUUUGAGGUUGGUGGAACACGCAGUGGUUUUAAACGCAAUAACGAAGAAUUGUACAGAUUUUUCUAUCAUCACUGUGUCAACUGAAAAAUAAACUUUGAAAU